AUGGUUUUAGCUGAUUUGGGUCGAAAGAUCAAUUCGGCUUUGGUCGACUUGGCCAAAGCACCUGUUGUAGAUGAGAAGGUUCUCGAUUCCAUGUUAAAAGAGAUCUGUGCAGCGUUAUUGGCAUCCGAUGUCAAUGUAAUGCUUGUACAGCGACUACGUAACAACGUGAAAAAAGGCGUCAACAUUAACGAAAUGGGAGGCGGCGUUAACAAAAAGAAAGUUAUUCAGAAGGCCGUUAUGGAUGAGCUUUUCGAGCUAGUGGAUCCCGGUGUUGAACCCUAUAAGCCUGUCAAGGGACGUGCCAACGUUUUUAUGAUGGUCGGUCUUCAAGGUGCCGGUAAAACUACCACCUGUACGAAACUCGCAGCACAUUAUCAACGAAAGGGUUGGAAAGUGGCUUUGGUCUGUGCGGAUACCUUUCGUGCUGGUGCGUUCGAUCAAUUGAAGCAGAAUGCAACGAAAGCAAAGAUCCCUUACUAUGGCAGUUACACCGAAAAUGAUCCUGUUUCCAUUGCGCUUGAAGGUGUGGAAAAGUUUAAGGCUGAUAAGUUCGAUAUCAUCAUUGUUGAUACAUCGGGUCGCCACAAGCAAGAAGCAGAAUUGUUUGAGGAAAUGAAACAGAUUUCAGCAGCAGUACAGCCAGAUUCGACAGUUUUUGUUAUGGAUGGUACUAUUGGUCAGGCAGCUGAAGGUCAAGCCAAGGCUUUCAAGGAAGCGGCAGAUUUUGGAUCAAUUAUCAUGACAAAGAUGGAUGGCCAUGCAAAGGGUGGUGGUGCCAUUUCUGCUGUGGCAGCAUCACAGAGUCCUGUUAUUUUUAUUGGUACAGGUGAACACAUGUAUGAUCUCGACCGGUUCGAGCCAGAGUCAUUUGUCCGAAAGAUGCUUGGCAUGGGCGAUAUGCGUGAUCUCGUAGAAAAAGUACAAGACAUGAAGUUAGAUCAAAACAAGAAUUUGAUGAAGAAUCUGGAAGCAGGAAAAUAUUCACUGCGAGAUAUGUAUGAUCAAUUCCAACAAAUAUCUAAAAUGGGUCCUCUUUCAAAGCUUAUGGGAAAUAUACCGGGAAUGCCCUCUGAUAUGUUGGCAGGAUCAGAAGAAGAAAGCAGUAAGCGGUUUAAGCGCAUGAUGUGCAUUAUGGACAGUAUGACUGAUGUUGAACUUGAUGGAGACAACAAGUCUUUUGAAAAAGAUCGAUCACGGAUUGUCCGCGUUGCCCAGGGCUCUGGCACCAGCGUCCACGAAGUAGAGGAAAUCUUAACGCAGUAUACGCGGUUUGCACAAAUGGUCAAAACCAUGGGCGGCAAGAGUGGAUUAUUAAGCAAUAUGCCAACAGAUCCAAGGAAGGCCAACCCAAAUCAGAUGGCCAAUAUGGCACGAAUGCAACAGCAGAUGGCCAACAUGAUACCACCGGAAAUGUUGCAACAAGUUGGCGGCAUGGCAGGACUUCAAAAAAUGGCAAGACAGAUGGGCGGUAUGUUUGGUGGCGGCGGUGGCCGUGGAGGUGGAGGAAUGCCCGAUAUGAGCCAACUUAUGAAAUCACUUGGUGGUGGUAGAUAA